ACAAAGAAAAUAUGGCAGCUAUAUCAUCCUGGGUAUCCAAAGUAUCAGCAUGUCAACCUGAUAUGAUAACUGAGGACAUUCUAGAAACCCAGCCCCUGCUAUUAAAUUCAGAGCAAACACCUGGAUCCUCAUGCCCAGAUAAACCUCCCAUACCAAACAGUGUAGCAAAAUCAAUUCAGCCUGCAAGUCCAGAAAAGCCAUGCAUACCAUCUAAUACACAAAAACCAAUGAAAUAUAUAAAUAUAGAAAAGUCAUCUACAUCAUGUAGUAUAAAACAGUCAAAUAGGCAAUUAGAGUCAAAAAAGCCAACUAAGUCAUCAAACCCCAAAAGAUUACAUAAGCCAUCUCACCUGGAAAAGACAUAUAAGAAAUGUUGCCUUAAAAAGUCACAUAAUCUCACCAAUGCCUGUAAAUUAGGUAACAUCAAUUCAUCCUGUUCAGAUAAGCAUGUCACACCUUGGAUAGCUGUUAUGAAAGCUUCAGCUAAGCCAACUACGCAAUCUUCUUCUUCAGUCACACAUAAGCAAAUCACACCCACCAAACCAUGCAGAAUAAAGAAACCCAACCUGCCACGUGGACAUUAUGAGGUUAAAAAGUCAGUGAAUAGAGGAAAGGCUUUGUUACCCAACCCUACAGCAGCCAAAACUUGCCAACAUUAUAAGGAUAAAUGCCUUGUUUGCAAUAUUUCUGGAUUUCUUCUCAAUGAUCUUUCAGAGGCAGAGAAGAAACAUGCUGGAAAUCUUUAUGGUUCAAUGAAAGUGAAGCCACGUCUGGACCCUUUCUAUGCUACAGGUUACAAGUACAAGUCUUAUCAGAACAGUGUGAGCAACAAUGCCUUGAAAACAUAUGAUAGUGAAGACAGCAAUGCAGAGAUGAUCAUUAUUUGUGACACAAGUCAUGAUGAUAUCACAACUAAAGAAUCCUUCCAAUAUUAAGGACUUAAAACAAAUUGAUCUACAUACAGAAUAUCCACGUGUAAUCAGUAUUGAAUAUAGAACUAUCUCUCUUGAAAGUAAUUAAAUGCAU